AUGUUGUCCCGUUCUGCUAUACGUUCUGCAGUUAGAUCCCUUACUGCUGCUAGCAUUGUUAGAGUUGCUAGACCAGCCACUUUAAUCGCCGGUAGAAGAUAUGCUUCUACUAAACCCCAACCAACCGAAGUUUCCACUAUCUUGGAAGAAAAAAUUAGAGGUGUAAAUGAAGAAGCUAACUUGAAUGAAACCGGUAGAGUUUUAUCUGUUGGUGAUGGUAUUGCCCGUGUUUUUGGUUUGAACAACUGUCAAGCCGAAGAAUUGAUUGAAUUCGCCUCUGGUGUCAAAGGUAUGGCCUUAAAUUUGGAACCAGGUCAAGUUGGUAUUGUCUUGUUCGGUUCUGAUCGUUUGGUUAAGGAAGGUGAAGUCGUCAAAAGAACCGGUAAGAUUGUUGAUGUCCCAAUUGGUCCCGGUUUAUUAGGAAGAGUUGUUGACGCCUUGGGUAACCCAAUUGAUGGUAAGGGCCCAAUUAAGGCUGUCGGUCGUUCCAGAGCUCAAGUUAAAGCACCAGGUAUUUUGCCAAGAAGAUCUGUUUACGAACCAGUCCAAACAGGUUUGAAGGCUGUGGAUGCUUUAGUCCCAAUUGGUAGAGGUCAAAGAGAAUUGAUUAUUGGUGAUCGUCAAACUGGUAAGACUGCUGUUGCCUUAGAUACUAUUUUGAAUCAAAAGAGAUGGAACAACGGUUCUGAUGAAAAGAAAAAAUUGUACUGUGUUUACGUUGCUGUUGGUCAAAAGAGAUCCACUGUUGCUCAAUUAGUCCAAACUUUGGAACAACACGAUGCUAUGAAGUACUCCAUUAUUGUCGCUGCCACUGCUUCUGAAGCUGCCCCAUUACAAUACAUUGCUCCUUUCACCGCUGCUGCUAUCGGUGAAUGGUUCCGUGACAAUGGUAGACAUUCUUUGAUUGUCUAUGACGAUUUAUCCAAACAAGCUGUCGCCUAUCGUCAAUUAUCCUUGUUAUUGAGACGUCCUCCAGGUCGUGAAGCUUAUCCAGGUGAUGUUUUUUACUUGCAUUCUAGAUUGUUGGAAAGAGCUGCUAAGAUGUCUGAUGCCCAUGGUGGUGGUUCUAUGACUGCUUUACCAAUUAUUGAAACCCAAGGUGGUGAUGUUUCUGCUUAUAUUCCAACCAAUGUUAUUUCCAUUACUGAUGGUCAAAUUUUCUUGGAAGCUGAAUUAUUUUACAAGGGUAUUAGACCAGCUAUCAAUGUUGGUUUGUCCGUUUCUCGUGUUGGUUCCGCAGCUCAAGUCAAAGCUUUGAAACAAGUUGCCGGUUCCUUGAAAUUAUUUUUGGCCCAAUACAGAGAAGUUGCUGCUUUCGCUCAAUUUGGUUCCGAUUUGGAUGCCUCCACCAAACAAACCUUAGCUAGAGGUGAACGUUUAACUCAAUUGUUGAAACAAAAACAAUACUCUCCAUUAGCUGCUGAAGAACAAGUUCCAUUAAUUUAUGCCGGUGUUAACGGUUAUUUGGAUAAGAUUGAUUUGUCUAGAAUUAGUGAAUUUGAAACUACCUUCUUGGCCUACUUGAAAUCUAACCACGAAAACAUUUUAAGCACCAUUAGAGAAAAGGGUGAAUUGACCAAGGAAUUGUUGGCUGACUUGAAGUCUGCCACCGAAUCUUUUGUUGCUACUUUUUAA